AAAAUGCAAAUAAUACUCUCGGUGCGAACGUUUUUGAACCAAAUACAAUUUAAACCCUACCCCCCCAUACAGAUACUUACCGCCCCUCUAAAACCCUCCUUGUCCCGCCGUACGACGACGGUGGUUAGAAGCAUGACUUCCGCUGAAGAAUCUGAUGUUGGAAUCCUCUGCUACAUUUCUCCUCUCCCCGGCUUUCGUGGAAUUCUCAAGCAGAGGUAUUCGGAUUUUAUUGUAAAUGAAGUCGACAUGGAUGGAAAUGUCGUUCACUUAACCUCACUGGAGGCUCCUCCAUCAGAGGCUGCUGGAGAAAAGAAAGAAAAGGUAGCUGAUCAACUGGAGAAAGACUAUGCUUCGGAGAUAGAAUCUUUUAGAACUCUUGUUGGUGAUUCUGAUGCUGAGAAGUUGAAAUUUUUUAUAGAUCAAAUUAGUUCAGGAGUUAAAACCAAUGACGAAUCAAUUGUUCUUUCCCCAAGCUCUGAUAAAACCCACCGAACGGCUGUUCACAACUUCUUCAAAGAGAGACUGAAAUUCCUUGUUACUGACACAGUUGAUGGACCUGAUUCCUCAUCAAAAUGUAUUCGUGUGCGAUUGAACUCAGGAAUUAAUAAUAAUGCCAGGGGAAACAACUCCAGGAAACGAAAAGAUAGAGGGCAACAGCAGUAUGAUUCUAGAGGCACAGAUAGUUGGCCAGAUAACACUGGCAAGUUUCUUAGGUUUUAUCUAUACAAGGAGAACAAGGAUACACAGGAGGCUCUAGGGAUCCUCGGAAAGAUGAUUGGUGUUCAGCCGAGGUCUUUUGGGUUUGCUGGCACAAAAGAUAAACGCUCUGUAUCUACUCAAAGGGUUACUGUUUUUAAGCAGCGGGCGAGUAAAUUAGCAGCACUUAAUGAUAGGUUAUUUGGUAUCAAAGUCGGAAAUUUCUGCUAUGUUGAUGAAGAACUUGUUCUUGGUAAACUUCAAGGAAAUCGAUUCACAAUUACAUUAAGAAGUGUUAGUUCCGAUGUUGAAGAUAUUAUUAGAGCAUCUGCUACUGCCUUAGGAAAUAAUGGAUUUAUCAACUACUUUGGUUUGCAGCGGUUUGGAAGCAGUUCUAUACCAACUCAUCUCAUUGGAGCUGCAUUACUUCGUGGAGAAUGGAAAGCUGCUGUUAGCAUGAUUCUUGACCCACGAGAAGGAGAGAAGGAUGUCACAAGGACUAUAAGGGAAUAUUACAAGGAAAGUGGUGAUAUCGAGGGAACUCUAAGACAGUUACCACGCCAUCUGGUUGCGGAACGUUCUAUUCUGUAUUGUUUUCAAAAAAAUCCUGGAAAUUACUUACAAGCUCUUUUGGCUAUACCCAGGACACUAAGAAUGAUGUUUGUGCAUAGCUAUCAAAGCUAUUUAUGGAACCAUGCAGCAAGUAUGAGGGUACAAAAAUAUGGGAUGCACCAGGUUGUGUUGGGUGAUUUGGUAUACUGCAAAGACCAAGAGAUUGAAAAAGAAACUAAAUUCUCGAACUCGGAGUGUGAAGAUGGUAAUGGCAAUGAUACACAUGAUGAUUGCCAUGUAGACGAACUAUCCGUCAUUGAUCUUUCUGAAGCAAGAAAUACAGUGGUGAAGGUAAUCAGUGAGGAAGAUAUAGCUGCUGGAACUUAUACAAUUGACGAUAUAGUCCUUCCUUUACCUGGGUCGAGGAUAACUUAUCCAUUGAAUGAUAUUGGGAAAAUCUAUCACGAUAUAGCAAGAAAGGAUAAUAUCAGCUUAACAGAUGGUGCACAUAAUUCCAAGGAAUUUUCAUUCACCAGCAUUACUGGUGCAUAUAGGAGGGUGUUUCAAAAGCCUAAGGACUUUGAGUGGGAAUUGCUCAAAUACACAGAUGCAAAUAUACCACUGGCCGAGACAGAUCUAGACAUCAUUGCUAAGUCAGGUACAUCUACUUGUGUUGGAGACUCGAACGAUAAGGAACAAAUCAAACUUCAAAAUGGUUGUAGCUCCACGCCAGAAAAUUUAGACGACAAGAUUGAGCGAUCCACAGGUUCCGAAGAAACUGAACGUGUUAGAGAAGAAGAUAUACAUAUAGAGGAAUCUCUUGGUGCCCCUAAAGCACUGGAAAGUCAGAUGGCUCUGAAGUUGAGCUUUACACUCCCUUCUUCUUGUUAUGCAACUAUGGCCAUACGAGAACUGCUGAAAACAUCAACUUCGGUUGCCUUCCAUAAGGCAAUGAACUAGUAAGCGUGACCUAAAGACAGUGGAGAAACUCGUUAUUUUCUUGAUGGAAGUAUCCACAAUAUAUAAUACUUCGCCAAAGGAUACCGAGAUAAUUACCAGAACAACGAACCACAUGCAUCUGGAGUGAGAUUAUGUUCCUGCCCCUGCGAUUCGAUAUGGACAGGAAAAUUCGGAGAUAGUAAACCAGGUUAAUUAUUUGUCGCAAUAUCAGUAAAAUAUUUUAUUCUGUCCGUUUAAGGUAUCUCUGCUUGAUAUUUGUAUUCGUUUAACUACAGUGUUGUAUCUGUAUUAUGGUCGAAUAAUUUGCUUUGUUGAUGUUAGGAGACUGACUCAUGCCUAGAAUGAAAUAACUUUUAUUUUCAGUAAAAAACUGUGUACCGAGUAAAAGUAAAUAGUUCUUGUAAUAGCUUAACUGGAACAAACUCUUUUACUGAGUAACUCUCAUUUUUGGGUGAAGACUAGACAUGAA